AUGUGCUUCUCCUCUCACCCCACGCAGCUGGCCAAGGACCUCGUGCACCCCUCCUUGGAGGACGAGAAGAGAAAGCACAAAAAGAAACGUCUUGUGCAGAGCCCGAACUCCUACUUCAUGGACGUGAAGUGUCCAGGAUGCUACAAGAUCACCACCGUGUUCAGCCAUGCUCAGACAGUAGUUCUGUGUGUAGGAUGCUCAACUGUCUUGUGUCAGCCUACAGGGGGCAAAGCCAGGCUCACAGAAGGCUGCUCGUUUAGGAGGAAGCAGCACUGA